AUGUAUGCACUUAUAGAAACCAUAACUGCUAGUCUCCUAUGGAUAGCCAGAGGGCGUAAUUUACAACUUAGCAGCGCACAAACUGAUGCCAAAGUUGCAAAGCUUGAAAGACAAGUCAAAAGGAUACGGUUAAGGCUUGAUAAAUAUGACAAGAAGUUUCAAAGAGAAGACCAAAAGAUCAAAGAUAUGAAAACGAGCAAACAAGAAAUCGCGGCGCCGCAGCAAACGUUCGGAGAAACAGAACGCCAAGACAACAAUAAGCACACAAAUAUAAUUCAAAUAUCAUCGGAAAUAGAAGCGGAAACCAUACAGCUAAAAUCGAAGGAGGAAGAAUUGGUUGGCCUAAGACAAGAGCUAGGGCAAGUAAUUGUAGAGUUAGAGAAGCUACGGAAGCAGGAAAGUUUGCAUCAAGAAGCUCUACAGCGAGAACAGAAGGAUUUCAGUGUAAAGUUACAGGGUGUUAAGAAUACACUGAACAACGAUAUCCAAUGUUUAACCAAUAAACUGAGAGUAGAAGAAAAAAGGAAACAUCUACUUUUUCAACAAGUUCAAACACUCCAGGGAACAGUCCGUGUAAUAUGUCGCAUCCGACCAGAUACAUCCGGUCAGUUACUGGAAUACACAACGGAGACAGGAUACUUCUACGACCACGCGACUAAGUUAAUAAUAGUCCAGGAAGAAGCGCUGCAGUAUGAGUUUGAGCGGAUAUUUCUCCCCAAGGAUACAAACGAUGAUAUUUUCAACGGAAUCAGCCACUUCGUGAAAUCGGUCCUUGACGGGAAAAAGGCUUGUAUAUUCUGCUAUGGCCAAUCGGGUACCGGUAAGACAUACACGAUGAGUAAUCUAGAUAACGUGGGGAAUCGAAAAGACGACGUCGACUACGAGAAUGAUGGUAUUAUCCCAAGGGUGAAGACAAUGAUCUUCAGCGAGAAGAAAAGGCUCCGCGAGCUCGGCACUGAGCUCGUGGUUAGUGCACGCUGUUUUGAGAUCUACGACGAGAAUCUGUGGUUAAUACGAGCAGACGGAAGUAAGGAGAAACCACGGGCUGUGAGCAGCAUCGUGAAUUCAGAAUUCCAGACGCUCGACUCGGCUAAGGACUUCAGCGCUUUAGUCAACACCGGGAUGAAAAAUAGACAUUUCGGAGCGACUGCUUUGAACAAGAGCUCGUCUCGGUCUCAUUUCAUCAUUAGCCUCAAAAUAGUCACCAAAAUCGACGGUGGCCACGGUAAACCACGCGAAGGCCUGUUCAGCCUGGUAGAUCUCGCGGGCUUCGAGAGGACCGAACAAGCAGAAACCAUGGGGAAAGCUUUCAAGGAAGGCAACGACAUUAACUUAUCACUCAUGGCACUAAGAAGCACAUUAGACGCUCUUGCCAAGAAUAGACCCCUAAAGUUUAGGGAUAGUAUACUCACGAUGGUCCUGCAGCCCUUUCUUGGCGAGGACAGCAUGACACUCAUGUUUGUUAUGAUUAGCCUUUUGAAGGAUAACUGGCAGGCGACUAAGUGGACACUCGAGCUUGCGAAGAUCGCUCGGGUCGCAAAGAAACGAAACAGAGAUAGUGAACGUGCGGCAGCGGCAGCGGCGGCGGGAAGGAGGAAGCCGAACGUACCAGCAAGUACAGCUCAACUGCGAAGGGGCAGGAAAUAA